CUGAUCUUUAUAUCAUGACCUAUGGUCACGCAUUUGCCAGAUUCAUUGAUAAUGAAUUUAAAGCUCUUAUUUCAUCAUCUUUAAUGGUGUAUGAUGAAUUCCAUGAGCAUAAUCCUGAUAUGAUAUCAUUAAUCGCGGCAUAA